UCAAGAUAUCUUUCAAUCAUUUUUAACUCAUUAGGGAAAACAGUUUUAGCAAUAAAUAUGAAGGCUUGCUCUAUAAUGGCUGCAAUUGCUCUUCUGCUCUCCAUACUUCUGUCUACCUGGCUGAGCAGUGUUCGAGUGGAAGGUCGUCCCGUACCUGUGGUUCAAUCUUUAUCUACUUCAAGCACGGCAUCACCUUCUCAAGCUCUAGGAGGUGUUCCUGCAGAAGAGAAGAAUGCUUAUGAGCAAGACAACCGGCGAAUACCUCCAAGCACUUCCAAUCCUAUACAGAACAAGACAAAGCCUCCAUCAGUUGGCAGAAAACAGAAUAAGAGCAAAAUCCGUAGAAAAUUGAUCCUCUUCUUUGAAUGAAAUACUUGUUAUAGUGUUUGUCAGUGUGGUGCAGUGUAGUGCUUCAAAUGCAAUAUGUAUUGGACAACAGCAUGAAUUUAC